UUAUGGGCAGCUCAAGUAGAUAUUAUGAACAAGGAGCUCCUAGUUCUUCCAGGACAGAACGCAACAUUUUUGUGUCGUGUAGGAGUAGCUUUACAGUACUGCCGAAUAGAACUACCUGGUGGUGGUGGUGGUGUUAACUUAAAUAAACAGCUUUCGUCAGCUAAUGGCGAGAUAUCAUAUUUCGGAAAUGGACUGGAUGCUGGCCAAUGCGGUGUCACCAUUCAUCGAGUCGAAGAAAAACAUAAUGGGCCAAUCAAAUGUACUAUUGGUAUACCAAGUGAAACAUCGGAAUCAGUAGGAGUCAUGCAGCUGAUUGUAGGAAAGGCUCCCAAACAACCUGAAUUGGACUUAAGCAGAGGGACAGACUCAUUGAGGGUGUAUAAAAUAAAUGACCAUUUAGAAGCGUCCUGUAUAGUUAGAGAUGGACGACCAGUUGCUAAUAUUAGCUGGUUUUUAGAUAAUGAACUUAUCGACGACAUGGGUCUAAAGAUGCCAACUGUAAUUGAUCUGGCUAAGGAAAACUUACAAUCUAAAGUUCAAAAUCUCUCAAGAGUUUUACAACCGUCCGACAAUGGAAGAUACCUUAAAUGUGUAGCUUUCCAUCCUGCUUAUCCUGGAGGAUCAGCUGAAACUAAAAGACAGUUGGACGUUAAAUUUCCACCCCUUCCAAUGGAAGAGCCCAUCGACAAAUUCGGUUAUCAAAUUGGAAAAGAAGGCCUAAUUAAUAUCUCGAUAGAAGCAAAUCCCAAACCUAGAAUCGAAUGGUCUGUGGGGGGACAGCUCAUCAAGGAAGGAUCGACCGAUAAUACCGGAAGGAUCGAGGCAGAGGCGAUAAGAGAUUUGGGACGUGGAAGAUAUGAGGCUAACUUGAGACUGGCAGGUGUUAACAAACAAGACACGGAAACUGACUACAUUUUGACAGCUUACAAUGACCAAGGCUCUCAAACUUAUAAAAUCAAAAUCUCUACCAGUCCGGAACCUGAAGGUGUCGAAUUAGGAGUUGGGGCGAUAAUUGGUGUAGUAGUUUUAGGACUUUUCAUAAUCCUCCUGGUUUCAAUUCUGAUCUUCGCCAAAGUUACCGGAAGGUGGUGCUUUACUGGUUCGGUGGAAACCAGACAUCUUGGAGAAUCCAGUGACACAGAAAGUGCAGACGUUCGACCCAAAGAUUCGAAAAAACCUCUCAAGCUGUCAUUAAUCUUCAAAAAGAACAAGGACCACGUCGCUUCGGAGCCUACACUAGAAGCUAGAAACAUAGAAAGUGAAUUAGAGCCUAAGAAAGCGCCUUUUCCAGAAGGAGACGAAAGCGCCUUAGUCUACGCCGAACUUGAUCUUGUACGAGCCGAGAUGGUACCAGUGGUUAAAAACGACGACGAAAAAACAGAGUAUGCAGAAAUUGUGUACACCCAGGCCGAUGAGGGAAAAGAAUCUCCUAAGAAAUCUCCCAAGAAAUCGCCCAAGAAGUAAAUGAAAGACUGAAGAAUAUUUAGUUAAGGUUUUGUCUGUAGGAAUCUUGAGAUUUAUUUCUUAUUUUUUGUUAUUCGUUUAUUUUAUACUAUAUGAUUUUUACAAUACAACAAAAAUCGUAGCAAUUUUGAGUUGUAAAGCAAAUGAAAGUAAUUUGAAUGAUUAUUUAAAGUUCUGGUCUUUUUCAAACUUAUGGUUACCUCCAUUCUUCUUCUUCAUAUACAUUUCAAAACGUUAGUUACCAUCAUAAAUAUCUUAAAGUUUAUUUAUUACCGCCUUAAACAGCAUACUUGUAUCAAUAUCAUACCAAUCUCGCAAGAUCUUCAAUCAUGAAGUCUUUCUUCGUCCUGGACUGCGUUUGCCUGCUAUUUUCCCUUGCAUAAUGUUUUGUAGCAACCUAUAUCUGGGACCUUUCACUACAUCCCAGGCAACCAAAUAACGUUUCCAAAACGUUGAAAAGACGUCAUAAUUAUCACAAAACCACGUCAGUUUAUCACGUUUUUUCGACGUCGAAAGUCACGUGAAUAUGUACCACCAUAACUGACGUCAUUUUUAUCACGUUUUAGUUACGCGAUAUCAAAACCCUAGUUUUUAUAUCGUUUUUUUAGAUUAUUUUUCAUCUUAAGGUUUUAAAAAUACACAAUAAUAAUUAUUCAUAUGGACAUUGUUGGUAUUGCAAUUUUUCAUUUAACUGUUCUAAAUUUAGCUUAUAGGCUAAAAGUAAAACCAAGAAAGACUUUAUAAAAUGCAUAGAAUUAUAAUCAAAUUAAAAUACCCUUAAUGUAACAUUAUAGAAUUUUCACUUUUUAUAUAGGUAUACUUACUGUGUCAAAACUGAAACAACAUAUAAACUAAUAAAUAAUUUAUUAACAAAUUAUCCAGCAUAAUCGUGAACAACAAAUAAUAAUUAGUUCAUUAACAGAAAAUAAACACCAAUAGUCUUAUUUUGCCACACAAAGCACGUAAACAAUAAAUGAAGUUUGGAGUCAAUGUCAAAUGUCAAUAUACAACAUUAAACAUUAUAAGCAUUAACUCUUUAAACUCCUCCCGUUUUUGUGACGUGAGACUUGGGCUGUCUGAAAUGAAAACUUGUUUUUAAAGGUAUUUUACGUCAUUAAUCUUACGUAUUUAAAAUCACCUACAAAAGACGUUUAUACGACGUAAUGUUCAAACACAUGUAUAUAUUCAACCAAAAACUGAUGUUUCCUCGACGUUAUUGACGUCACUUGGUUGCCUGGGAUGUCCGAAGUACUCCAGCUUUCUCUUCUUGAUGAUUUUUAUAGUCUCAGUAGUCUUGCUGAGACGAUCUAGUACCUAUUGUGCAGUUUCGAAUCUUCUCCACCCCAAAAACUUAUAAAAUUCUUCUAUAGCGCCAUAACUCGAAAGCCCCAAGGCGAUUUAGAUCACUUUUAUUCACAGUCCAAAACUCGACAUCAUAUAAAGUAAGACCGAGAACAUGUAGCAGCGAAGUAGGCAGAUCCGCAAUGCCAAUUUUGGGUCUCUGUUACAUAAUACCUUUGACAUCCUUCUAAAAACGGCUCUGACCUGCUCUAUUCUGGAUCUACUUUCACCGUGACUGUCUGCGUUACGACUUAACUGAUAUCCAAGGUAAUCCGUUUGAUGAAGGUCCUCAAGUUUGGUACUAUUUACAAUAGACGGUUUUAUAUUGUGUUGUUUACUUAUUAGACGAAGCAAUAAAGCACUAAAAUCGGCCUUACCUACGAAAAAAAAAAAGGACAAGACGGAUCUUAAUAAUUACUUUUGCAUUCGAUUCGUAAAUGCGCCAGGAAACUUUGUGAACCGGAGCCAUGAUAUAAUAUUGAAAAACUGCAUACAAAAAAAUGCAUUCUUAAAGUGCAUCUCAAACAGACAAUAAAAAAAACAGAACUCGUCAAUUAUCGGCGGAAAUGAGUUCAAUUUUGUUACUCAGUAGUUUUUGGGGUCUCUGAAAACGAAUAUGACGUCAAAAGAGAUCUCCGGAGUAGCUGGUGCCAAGGGUACCUACUGUUUACCUCGUUAUUAAAAUUCAUUAAAAAAUUUAUUCAAACAUCAUUAGUUAUGAGAUUAACAGUAGGUACCCUGGGCACCAGGUACACCGGAGAUUACUUCUGAUGUCAUAUUUGUCGUCAGAGACCCCAAAAACCCCCAGUAAUGAAUUUUAACUAAUUUUUUAAUGAAUUUACCAAAAACUCCAGAAAGCGAUGUAAACAGUAUGUACCCUGGGUACCAAUUACUCUGUAGAUCACUUCCGAUGCCAUAUUCGUCGUCAGCGACCCAAAAUCCCCCCGAGUAAUGAUUUUUGGCUAAUUUUUUAAUGAAUUUGCCGAAAACUCCAUAAAAAGUAGCUGCCCUGAGCACCAGGUAUCCCGGAGAUCGCUUUCGAUGUCAUAUUGGUCGUUAGCGACCCCAAAACCCCCCAAGUAAUUAUUUUUGACUGAUUUUUUAAUAAUUUUUUGCCGAAAACUCCACAAGAGAGUUAAACAGUAGGUACCCUGGGCACCAGGUACUCCGAAAAUCACUUCUGAUGUCAUAUUCGUCGUUAGUGGCCCCAAAAACCCCCCGAGUAAUGAUUUUUGACUAAUUUUUUAAUGAAUUUUAAUGACGGGGUAAACAGUAGGUACCCUUGGUACCAGGUACUCCGGAGAUCACUUUUGACGUCACAUUCGUUUUCAGCGACCCCAAAAACCCUGAGUAACAAAAUUGAACUCAUUUCCGCGGAUAAUUGAUGAGUUCUUCUGAAUUUUUUUUUAUUAUCUGUUUGAGAUGCACUUUAAGAAUGCAUUUUUUGUAUGCAGUUUUGCAAUAUUGUAUCAUGGCUCCGGUUCACAAAAAUUCCUGGAGCAUUGACGAAUCGAAUGCAAAAAUAAUUAUUAAGGUACGUCUUGUCCUUUUUUUUUCGGAGGUUCAGUGCUUUAUUGCUUCGACUAUAUUACGAGUACCUACUUUGAUUUUCCAUAUGUUCAAAUCCAGACAUGCUAACAUCAACAUUUUUUGCAUCUUUGCAUCAGUUUUUCUUGCUUUUGGAUCAGGUAAAUGCAAAACAAUAUUUUUUGCAGAUUUUGUGGUUCUUUGUUAGGAAUGACUGAAUAACACUUAAAAUCAAUACGACCAGAAAAUCAGGGACAAUUUUCUGUAGGUUUGUUGCAAGGUUCUAUGGUCAUAACGUCCUCAUUCUGUAUUUUUUCUACUUUACUUAUCAAAAUUGCUACAAUUGAGAACUAUAAUAUACAUUACAUAUUAGGUUUAUAUAUGUUGGUAUAAUGUAUAAAGUUAAUGGUACAAAACCGAUAUUUCAGUAAUUAAGAGCCUUUUAUUUUGUUUCGAGCAAAAUUAAACCUUAAAUAGGAAUAAUGUUAUUAAGAGAAGAUUUAUUAAACUAACAGGAUGGUACAAUUUAAUAAUCAAAAUAAAAUUAGUAGAAAUUAAAUUUUUAGUCCUUUUUCUUUGGAACUGGAUUUCUCAAGAUCGUCUCCAAAAUUUUCCUAGGAUAACAGAAUAAAACGUAUUUUUCGUUUAACAAUUUGAAAAAAAUGUCUCGAAUAAAAGUUGUUUUCUUUUUAGUAAGAAAUCAAAAUCUGUAAUAAAAAAUGGGGGUUUCUAUUUAAGAUUUCAAAAGUAUCCCCUCCCCAACCCAAUGGGUGGUGGUGCGGGUCGUGUUUAGUGCCAUUCGAUAGCUUUUUAAAAAAUAUUACAAACUUGUACCGGGUGUCCACUUAUAUUUUCCCCCAUUUUAACUGCCUAUAACUUCUAAACAGCUCAAGCUGAAAAUAUGCGGUUUUCGCUGAAAUGUUUUAUUUUAGUAAAAGUUUUGUUUGAAUUGAUUUAAUUUUUUACAUCGCUUUCAAUUACGAAAAAAUGGCGGAUUUUUUAAAAUAACGUUGACUUUUUUUUAAUGGAACAUCCAGUAUAUUUUUUUGUAAAUUGAAAGAAUGGUCUUUAUCCCAGCAUAUCUAGCGAUAUAAAGUUUUUUUUAAAUCGGUUGCCAAAUGACUGAGUAAUUAAUUUUUAAAAUGAGAGAUGCAAUGUUGAAAUCACAUAACAGAAUAUUAAUUUGCUCAAGCCUGGGUUUCAUCGAAAGCGGCACCGACAAACUGCGAUCGUAACACUGCGAUGCAUGACUCAUAAAAAACUGUACCACGCAAAAUAAUAGCGGUGGUUUCCAAGGAUGCGUUGGAAGCCACUGCUUGCUGAGUUUGCACAUUCCAUUACCCCAGUGAAGAACCUUGAAUUUUUCACCGUAAUCUGAAGUAAUUCAUCGCAGUGCUACGGUCGCAGUUUAUCGGUGCCGCUUUCGAGGAAACCCAGGCUUGAGCAAAUUGAUAUUCUGUUAUGUGAUUUCAACAUUGCAUCUCUCAUUUUAAAAAUUAAUUACUCAGUCAUUUGGCAACCGAUUUUAAAAAACUUUAUAUCGCUGGAUAUACUGGGAUAAAGACCAUUCUUUCAAUUUACAAAAAAAUAUACUGGGUGUUUCAUUUAAAAAAAAUCAACGUUUUUUCAAAAAUCCAUCAUCUAUUUUUUUUAAGGCGUUUUAAAAAAUCAAUCCAUUAAAACAAAACUUCAACUUAAAUAAAACAUUUCAGCGAAAACCCCAUAUUUAUAUCUUGAGCCGUUUAGAAGUUAUAGGCAGUUAAAAUGUGGGAAAAUAUAAGUGGACACCCGGUAUUUUAGUUUUUUGAUCCGAUGUAAAUUUCUCGAAAUAUUCGACUGCCCCGCUUCUUCUAACAUACCUACCCUAUGAUUUGGUGUUAUUUUGAAUCAUCCUGUAGACAUUAGAAUAUUGUCUAAUAUGGAUUUUUGUUUGGAGGUCAAAAAUUAUGUUAUACUUCUAUCAUUAAUGUUUUUUAUGGGCAUUAUAAAUUUGUUAAAUAACAAAAUAAUUAUUAUUAAUAACAAACAUCCAUAUUUUGAAAGACACAUAAGACAAAUUUAUAUUUUUUUAUUGCGUUAUGUUAGAUUAUGACAAAUAUACACUCACCGGCACAAAAUUCCGCCACCCAAAAUUUUUGAUUAAGUUUGAAAAUCUGUAACUUUAUUAUUUGUACUCCAAUUUUCAAAAUUCUUGCAUCAGUUUGUAGGUACGUGUAUUGUAGGUGUUUUUCAUUAUUCCGGUAACAAAAUUUUUUUGCUUAGAUGGCAUUAUACGGGGGUGAAUGGAAGCGUUGUAUUUUCUCCUAACUUUAAAACAUUCUGUGGAAAAAUUGGAGGGCUCAUUUUAUUUCAUACUCCUUUUGUAUUAUGCUGAAAGUAUCAUUAAGGUUUUGUUUUUUGAAUUAUCCGAAUAUCUCUUUUCUUGUAAGAGUUGUAAGUAAAAACACUGCUUUGAAGGUUUUUUUAAUUAAAAAUAUCAAACGAACUGAAAUUAACAAAACAAAACAAAAUUAACAACAAAACAAAACAAUUCAAUAGCGGGUAUGUCCACCUCUUGCAGCAACGACUGCUCGCAAUCUGUUUGGCAUCGAAUAAGGAUGUGUUAUCCUUACCCGGGGAAUAGCCCGAUAUUCCUCUAGCAGGGCCAUAACUGUACCAAAUUUUCUGGAGGCCUAGGAUGACGGCGAAUAACAUUUUUUUAAUUCAUCUCAUAAAUACUCAAUAUGAUUAAGAUCUGUGCAGCAUGCGGGCUAUUCUAAUCUUAUCAAUUCAACCUAUAUUUUAUGAGUAAAUCAGUGUUUUUAGUUACAAAAAAUGGUACAGCUCUUACAAGAAAAGAGAUAUUGGGAUAAUUCAAAAAACAAAAUUUUAGUGAUGUCUCCGGGAUAAUAUGACAGGACCAUGAAAUAAAAUCAGCUCUUCAAUUUUUCCACAGAAUGUUUUAAAGUUAGGAGAAAAUACAACGCUUCCAUUCACCCCUGUAUAAUGCCAUGCAAGCAAAAUUUUUGUGUUACUGGAAUAAUACCGAAAGAUGUCAAUAUAUUAUAUGUACCUACAAACUGGUGCAAGAAUCUUGAAAAUCGGAGUACAAAUAACAAAGUUAUAAAUUGUCAAACUUAAUCAAAAAUUUUGGGUGGCGGAAUUUUGUGCCGGUGAGUGUAUUAUUUUAUAUAAAAGAUUUUGUACUUAAGAACUAGGAAUCGAAACAUCUUUAUAAACUCUCUUUAGUACAUAGUAUUUAGUAGUUUAAUUUAAAGAAAAGUUUUUCUUAAAUAUUGUUUUCAUUGAAUAUGGACAAAUGACCUCGGCACUUUUCUUAUAUGUAAAAAUGGUUUCAGUUAAAAAAAUUAUUGAAAACUUCCUUUAUAAAAGUUAUAUAUUUAUUAAAUAUAGGGUAAACCCACCAAUGGGUAAAAACCCUCUGUGUACAUCGAUGUUGCCUUUCGAGGGUUUUUUUAAGAAGUGUAUACCUUUUAUAAAGAAAUUUUUUGUGACUAAUGGUAUACAGCCAGCUGCAGGAAAAUAUUUUCCUUGUGGAUUUUGGUUUCAGUUAAAUUAGCAAAACUUCGCAGAGAGGUAGCUUUUUGUCAUGUUGAUCAAAAGUUCUCAGAUUCCCAAGACUCAGAAAUGGCAAGUUGCAGCCAAUUUAACUGAAACCACUUUUAUAUAAAAAAAGUGACGGAGUUCUUUACUUUCAAGAUUUUUAUAUAAUAAUAACUUACUUGAUUAAGAAAAAAUUUGAGUAAAGAUAUACUCAUUUUAAUUUCUUGUAUAACAUGGAAGACAUGUACUUAAUUAUAUUUUACUCAUUAAUAUAAAAAAAUCGCAACAAACUAUAUUAAUAUUUUGAUAUAUUAUAUAGCUCUAUUUUAUAAUUAUAAAAAAAAAACCAGUAGUAUUUAGGUAUGUGUUAUACGCACGACCGAAUCACAGACUUUUUAGCAGUAACUUCUUAUUCUUCUUCAAGUUCAAACUUCUAUUUUUGCCCUCUCAUCACAUGUCCUAAGUACUCGAGUUUCUUUCUUCUGAUAGUUAAUAUUAUUUCCGCUUCAUUUCCUAUCCUAGUUACAUCCGUGUUUGACAUUCUUUGAAUCCAUGAUAUAGUCGUAGGAUUCUUCGUAGGAUAAUCGUAGGUAAUCGUCGGAUAUACCAAGGCGGCCGAGUUAUUUAUAUAAACUUGUUUUAGUGUCCAUGCUUUUAAGCCAUAGAGAAGAGUAGAGAACACGUAACACCGAGGCACCCUUAGACAUAUAUUCCUAACCUUAUAUCCCUACAACAAAGAGAUUUUUAAGUUUAAUUAAUGAUGCACCUGCUAUUAUUAAUUUCUUUGGUGUGGUCUGUAUUUGAUGUUAUCCAUGUUCCUAAGUAUUUAUUGAUACAAUUUGUUAUAUUCUUCAUCCCAUCCCGACACAUACCCUCUACGAUAUUCUCUAGUUAUUUUUUUCCUGGAAGCCGUCUGUUGUGAACCGGUUGUACUGUAGCCACUUGGCUUAUUGUACAUCUUCCAUUCGUUUAUAAAACCCAUUCCAGAAUUCUGGAACCCUGCACCAGCUUGUACAGGUCUAGUGGGUGGGUGCCAUAUAUAUUUGGAGUCACAGUCACUUCGAUGUCUCCGAAAAGUGUUUGCCGCCUCCGAUCCAAUGCCUCACAGUCAUGCAAGAUAUGGUUGGCUGUUUCAGGUUCUCUGUUACAGAGUCUGCAGCUCAAGUCUCCAUGAAACAGCCCCAUUGUAUGCAGGUGACCCUUAACUGGCGCAUGUCCAGUGAGAAAACCCGUUAUGACUCUGAGUUGAUUCUUGCUUGUUUUCAGCAGUAACUCAGCCCUACUAGCACAUGUCCGUGCGAUAUAUAUCACACUCCCAGUGUGAGUUGUGUUGGCUUCGGAUCCAGGCUUUUUUUCGUUCGCGGACAGUGCUUUUUGGCACUCCCAAGGUCGGCUCUGGACCCAGGUAUUUUGUAGCUGAUGCUCUUUUGGCAAGUGCAUCAGCUCUUUCAUUGCCGUAUAUGCCCCGAUGACCUGGAACCCAUACUAGUAUAUAUCCUCUAGGUAUACUUUUCUUUCUCUAGAAGACAAAGCCCAACAAGUGUUAAGUGUUUGUUUUAGAUCAAAGAAGAUUGCAGUACAGCAUUGUUUUGUGGCUAACGCUUCGUGGAAGUCUCUUUCCAAGGCCAGUUCCAGGAUAUUAUUAAUUUCAGAACGAUUUGGUCAAAAUCCAUUUUGUUCCGACAGUAAGUCAUUACAUGUGUCCAAAUCAGUCUAUGGUUUACCAUUUUCUUCAUUAACUUGCUCGUUGAACAUCUUAAUCUGAUAGGCCUAUAAGAGUCAGAUUCUAGACUUGGUUUCUUACUUAUUUACUCCGUGGUGUUACAACCCUUCGCGGGUUUUAGCCGACUCGACAACAUGCUUCCAUUUUUCUCUGCUUUGAGCAAUCUUCAUCCAGGCCUCCACGACCAUAGCUUUCAAGUCUCCUGCUAUCUUAUCUCGCCACCGGAGUCGAGAGCGUCCACGUAGUCGUCUUCCAACUGGAACUUCCUCCCAAACUAGUGUUACUGUUCUUUGGUCAGAAUGUCUUCUAAGGUAUCCUGCCCAUUGGAGUCUACUGGACUUUAUUUCUUUUUAGUAAAGAAGUAAAAAAUCUUCUCUUGUAGAUGGUAUAUAAUUUAUUUAAAAUUUUCUAAAAAAGAUCCAAGUUGGACUUAAAGUGGGUACAUCACUAGUACAAUAAACAAACGUUUUCGGACUAAUCAAUCCAUCAUCAGGUUAAAACUUCAACUUCGGUUUAGGUCUUCAACAUAACGAUGGAGUUUGAAGCCAAGAUGAAGACUCCAUUAUAAUUACACUUCAUUCUUAUAACAUCGACUUAUUGUCGCCAUCGAUGUAGCCGAAAUUGCUUAAUUUUUAUACUGGUAAGGUUAUUCGACCUACCUAUGUAGCUAGUUUCAACUACUUUGGAUCUGAAGUUUUAACCUGAUGAUGGACUGAUUAGUCCGAAAACGUUUGUUUAUUGUACUAGUGAUGCACCCACUUUAAGUCCAACUUUUUAGAUCUUUUUUAGAAAAUUUUAAAUAAAUUAUAUACCAUCUACAAGAGAAGAUUUUUACUUCUUUAGUAAUUUUUAUUAUGGUAUACAGCCAAUGAGAGGAAUUCUUUCAUUUUUAUUUUAUUUCUUUUAUUAUGUUCGCGUCUGGGUUAAGUUCGAGCUUUUUGUUAGUUCUUAUCCUAUAACCAAAAGAUCUUAGUUAGGAUUUUUCUUUCGCAAACACGUAGUCUCCCUUCGUUUGCCUUUGUUAUUGUCCAUGUUUCGCUGCCAUACGGCUAUGGCUCGAACGGAGUUUUCGGCGAUUAAAAAAAAACCUUAUGAUGGAUUGAAACUAAGCUACCGGAUAUUCGUUUUUUGCCAACUUAAAUUGAAGAUGGCACGAAGAUGAGUAGGUAUAGUUUAGUGGAAAGGGGAAGAUAUUUUAAAUUAUUAUUGAUUAGGUACUUACUCUUUUAAUGAAGUGUAUCUUUUAAUAUUCAGUAUAAAAUUUGUACCUAUUAUAUACAUUUCCACAUGUUAUCAUUAAGGUAAUGAAAAUACUACUGGUAGUUUUUAAUAGCAACUCAUGUACAACUUAGAUUUAUUGUAGUUAACCAAAGUCCAUAAACACUUUGCCUUAAUGUUUAAUUCGUCCUUUUUAUAAUAGAUAAAUAUAUAGGUAAUAAUAUAUAUUGUACUUAAUUUAUAUAAGCUUGUACUUUUAUAUAAUAAAGCCUUUAACUUUU